AUGGCGAAGUCAAGCAAAACGACCCAGUUGUCAAAUCUGCCUGUCUUGACCCGUUUCAUAACCGGGCACAACGAGAAAGGGGAGGCUAUCGUUCAAUCAGAAGGCCCCGGAGCCUGGCGUCCACAUGAGAAGAACUCGAUGGAUUUCAACGUGAUGUAUACCACAUCGCAAUUUCCUGCAGAUCUGAACAACGAUCGUGACAUUACCGCGCAUGAACACAAGAUGGCAUCUGGCCAGCUGGGCCUCGUGAGCCCUGGAGGUGCUCCUAGCCUGAUGCACCGCACGCAGAGUCUGGAUUACGGAAUUGUUCUCGAGGGCGAGAUUGAGAUGUUGCUUGACUCUGGAGAAACCCGACUCUUAAAACGGGGGGACAUCGCAGUGCAACGCGCCACGAUGCACGCGUGGCGUAACCCAAGUCAGACGGAGUGGGCUCGUAUGGUCUAUGUUUUGCAGGAUGCCCAGCCUUUGGUAGUGGGAGACCGUCAACUUCAAGAAAACCUUGGUCAGAGCGAAGAUAUCAAGCCAAGUAGGCUGUGA